GAUCACGGUUAUCUCUUCAUUUCACACUACACUCUCGCGAUUCCUCACUCAUCCCUCUGAAUGCUUCAUCGGCGGCGCUAUCAGCCGUGCACCGCCGUCUCACGGAACCUCCAUUGCACUCUACUUCCAUCGGCCUUGCUCGCAUCACUCCCUUCUGUCGCACCCCUUCCCGGUUCUUCUUCGUCGCACCCCUUCCGUCGGCCUUGCUCGCAUCGCUCCCUUUCGAACCCUAAUGUGCGUUUCUCUCUUCGAUCUCGCCAUGUUUGCUCUUUUCCACUGUGUUUCUCUCUUCGAUCUUGCCUCAGCUAUGCAGUUCCUGAAUGCAUUGACUAGUUUCAUUUUUAUUGCUGAGGAAGAGGAGGAGGAAGUAGAGAUAGAGUAUGUAGAAGGUUAUGAUGAACUUAAAGAGGAAGAUGACAUGGAGGAUUUUGUUAAUUUUAGAUACAUUUCAAUUCUAUUUUUAUGUAUUAGUCUAUUAUUUUUCUUAUAUGUUGGAGGUGAAAAGUUGUGCAUGUGGAGUUGGAGCUCUGUGGUUGAGUUUAGAAAAAUGAAAUAAACUAGGAAAUGAACGCAUUUGAAAAUCAAAAGCAUAACAGAAUUUUCUAAUGCAGCUGGAAUCUCUGAAGAUGAAGAGGCAGAAGCAGCUGCUCAGAGAAGGGUGAAACAGAAGAAUAAGUUAGCUUCAAUAAAAUCUGAGAAGGAUUCUGUUGAUCUUAAAUCAAAGAAGGCAAAGGUCCUUGUUGAGAGUAAGAAGAGUCCUCAGGAGUUUGCAGAGCAAAUUGUUGAAGAGGCACAUGUAUAUAAUGGCUUCAAUCUAGUUUGUGUUGAUAUUUGCAGCUUCAAUCUAGGCUGCUCAGAAAGGUAUAAUGAGUGUAUGGGACAAAGCUGAUAUCAUAAAGUGUAUAGGACUCAAUUGGAGGAUUAGUCUUAGCAUGAGUGAUCCAAAUCUUGUUCCACUUCUUAUCCAGGGGGUAAAACGCAUGAACCUGAUUGCUCGUGCUGCUGAGUCAAUUGCUGAUGGGGAUCUAGUGAAUGUACAGAUUCGAAGAUAUCGACAGUGGGGAUCUGACCUUGAUUAUUUUAAUGGUAGCUGCUGCAGCUUCAUUAGUACUGGGGAUAAAAUCUGAGGCAGGAGGUCUUGUUUUUAGAUAAUGAGAUUGCCUUCAAUGAGGCUAUCAUUGAAGAAAGAGAGCAAGGCAUUCAAGAAAUUCAGCAGCAAAUUGGUGAAGUAAAUGAAAUUUUUAAAGAUCUUGCUGUGCUUGUGCAUGAACAGGGAGCUAUGAUUGAUGAUAUUGGGUCCAACAUUGAGCAGUCUCAUGCAGCAACUGCACAAGCAAGAUCGCAACUUGCUAAAGCUUCAAAGACUCAAAGAUCAAAUUCUUCUUUGGUCAGAGGUUUCAUUUUCUGUUGGGUCUUGCCUCCUUCCUCAUCCAGACAAGGCAUCAGGCAUAGCUGCCUUAGACAUUAAGAAGCUUAAAGAUGCAGGUAUUUGCACUGUUGAAUCUGUUGCUUACACUCCUAGGAAGGAUCUGUUGCAAAUUAAAGGUAUCAGUGAGGCUAAAGUUGACAAGAUUAUUGAAGCAGCUACUAAGUUGGUGCCUAUGGGUUUUACUAGUGCGAGCCAGCUCCAUGCUCAGCGGAUGGAGAUCAUCCAGAUAACAACUGGAUCAAGAGAGCUUGACAAGAUAUUGGAAGGAUAUAUGGUGUGGCCCUGGAAUUGGAUUCGCAUCAGAUCAUGCUUCUGCUUCUGUGGAUUGUGUGGUGGCAAGGAAGAAUGCUUCUUCAAGAAGGAACCUUGAUGCUGUUGAGAGAGCAACACAUAGGGAAGAGUGUAGAUCGGAUAUAGUAAGGUAGACAUCCUCUGCUCAGAAAGUGGGAAGCAGCGAAUAAUUUUGAUGGACCAAGAAUCUCAAGAAGCAAGUAUAUUGCCAUCAUCACUAAGAAGUUCAAGAAAGAAUGAAGCUAUCCAUAAAUUAGGAUAUUGAAUCUUGAUGAGUCCACUAGUAGUUAUUUGUCAUCUAAUGUAUUUAGAUUGUAUUAUUGUAUGGAAAUAAUUGCUUCUUAUUAUAAAGAAAGCGUUUUGUACUCACUGGUGUGUUUUUCUAUUUAUACCAUCAAUAAAAAUUUGUAUUUAUUAAAUUUA